AGCGCUGCUGCCGCCCAGGUGCCCCUCAGACCUCCUCUGCCCCUGCAGGAGGACCCCUGGAGGACUCCCGGGGCCGCCUCUAUGCUCUACGCCGCCCAGAGCGGCCUCCCCUCCCGGCAGUGACGUCUGCGCCGCCGGAAGUGGCGUCAGCACGCGGCGCACGCAGCGGCAGAGGCGGGAGCGGCCGUUGGGGCGGCAGGGUCGCGCCGGCGCCAUGUCCUCCACCUCCCAGAAGCACAGAGACUUCGUGGCCGAGCCCAUGGGGGAGAAGCCUGUGGGCACCUUGGCUGGCAUCGGGGACGUGCUGGGCAAGAAGCUGGAGGAGAAAGGCUUCGACAAGGCCUAUGUGGUCCUGGGCCAGUUCCUGGUGCUGCGCAAGGAUGAGGAACUGUUCCGGGAGUGGCUGAAGGAGACCUGCGGAGCCAACGCCAAGCAGAGCAGAGACUGCUCAGGCUGCCUGCGCGAGUGGUGCGACGCCUUCCUCUGAGCGGCACCGCCCCCGGCACCGCCCCCAGCGCCGCCCCACAGCCUGCCCUCGGCCCUCGCUGCCCCGAGCCAGCUCCCUGCCAGCUUUGGCAGCCUCAGCCCUCCUCUUGGCACCCUGAACCCAGCCUAAGCUCUCCCAUGGGCAUCCUUGGCCCCUUUCACCCUGCCCUUGGCACCUUUAACCCACUCAACCCUCAGUCCCUGGUACCAUAAACCCACUUCUUGGUGCCCUAAAACAUCCCCUUGGCAUCAUAAGCCCACCCCCAGACCCUCCCCCUGGCACCCCCUGCUGUCACCACUGCCACCCCAUUGGCACUCCUCCCACCCUAACUCUCACUCCUUGGCACCCCAACCCCCUCCUUGUGCCCCCCCAGCUGUGGUGCUGCUCCCCCAGCCCCCUCAUGCCCCUCUCUGGGGUCCCAGCUCCAUUUCUGUGGGGGUUGUUCCUACCCCAUGGCCCUAAAACCACCCCCGGGGUGGGGGGGGAGGAGAAGUCCCCAGCUGCCCCCGAGGGGUCCCCCCAGUUCCCUCCUCCCGCUUUUGGGAGGGACCUCUACUGACAUUGCUCCUCCCCCACUUGAGGGAGGGGGGCAGAAUUUUUUGGGGGGCGUGGGUCACUUUUUUGGGGGGGUUGAGUAAAUUUUGGGGGCUUUGAGUCAAUUUGGGGGGGGGUUGAGUCAGUUUUGGGGAGGGUUGGGUCAAUUUUGGGGCUGCCCCCCCCCCCAGAAGGGUUUUCUAAACAAUAAAAGUGUUUUGUUGUGCUGCCUCUGGGGGGCGCAGCUGAA